AUGCCAAAGAUGACCAAUUCCGAUCGAAUCCGCGACCGGCUAUUGAGAACCAGAGCAUUCGGGGCUGAAUCGUCAAACCGCAACAUAGAAGAAGAUAUUGAUACAGCUAGCGAAGCUGAUGAAACGCUCAAAAACAUCGUUUCCAAGCGGAUGUACUCAAAUGAUGAUGGUUUCUUCAUGGAGAGGGCCAGGCGGAACAGCCAAACAGCGGUCGGCCCUAUAGUGAAACUACCUCCAGAGUUACUGUUGCUGGUUUUCUCACAUGUCACGUCAAAAUCCGACCUUCUGUCUUUGGCACUGACUUGCAAGGCGUGGGCCGAGCUGACGAUCCAGCUAAUUUGGUUUCGUCCUAGCAUCACCAGCGAGGCGAUCUUCAGGAAGAUUGGGCGGGUAAUGCAGAUGCCAGUCCAGGAAGCUAGCUGGAACUACCGCCUCUAUGUUAAGAGACUCAAUUUGUCUGUGAUACCCAAUCUUGUCACAAACGACUUCCUGGGGAUGUUCAACCAUUCGAAGAAUUUGGAGAGACUGACUCUGGUUAACUGUGAUAAGCUCCAUUCUUCGUCUAUAGCUUCUGUUUUGACAGGUUGUUCCAGGCUACAGAGUUUGGAUGUUUCGGGUGUGAAGGAUGUCUCUGAUGAUCUUUACCAAGCCCUGGCUUUGAACUGCCCUCGGCUACAAGGCCUGUAUGCACCAAACUCCGACUCCGUUAGCAAAGAGGCAGUUUUGGCAUUGGUCAGAAAUUGUCCCCUGCUAAAGAGGCUGAAACUGUCUGAGUGUAGCGAGAUCGACGAUGAAGUUAUUAUGGAACUCAUCAAGUGCUGUCCAAAUAUAGUGGAGCUUGAACUUCACGGAUGCAACUUGGUGACCAACGAGUCUCUGGUGUUGAUGUUUGAAGAGUUGGAGUAUUUACGCGAGUUCAAGAUAUCGCGAAACUCAAACGUGACGGACGCGUGUUUCGAUACUGCAUCCGGAGAGCUUUCGCUGGACAGAUUGCGAAUCCUGGAUUUCACAUCAUGUGAAAACAUUACAGACAAAGCCAUCGAGAAGCUAGUGAAGUACGCUCCUAGACUCAGAAACGUUGUGUUGUCUAAGUGUGUGAUGAUAACCGACUCAGCGCUACGCUCGCUUGCACAGCUAGGCAAGAAUUUACACUAUGUCCAUCUUGGUCAUUGCAGCAACAUCACGGAUUAUGGCGCUAUUCAUCUAAUAAAGAGUUGUCACCGUUUGCAAUAUCUUGAUUUUGCGUGUUGCGUACAACUCACCGACGAGACUUUGAUCGAACUGGCUCAGCUUUCCAGAUUGAGAAGAAUAGGAUUGGUGAAAUGCGGAAACAUAACAGACGAAGGCAUUCUGGCUUUGGCAAAUCACGGCAGAAGCAACGACGAUUCGCUGGAACGUGUUCACCUAUCGUACUGCACUGGAAUCAACAUUUACCCAAUAUACAAACUGCUGACAUCGUGCCCAAAGCUUACUCAUCUUUCGCUGACUGGUGUGUUUGCCUUUCUCAGACCGGACAUCAUGAAGUUCUGCCGCGACCCUCCGGCAGACUUCUCGCCUCAUCAAAAGUCUUCAUUCUGUGUUUUCAGUGGGGAAGGAGUCGCAUUGCUAAGGAGAUAUCUAUCGCAGUUGAUGUGCAGACAGGUUGUCUUUGUGGAUUCGAGUGGCCAGCCGUACCAGAAUAACCACAAUCUUCCUCGCCUUCACUCGGAACUUGGCUGGAUGCUAUCUAACGCUCCAAUGAUGCCACCUGCAGUGGCAGAUGACGCAAGCGACGAGGACAGACAGAACGCAUCAAACACAAUUCUAUACCACGCUUUCCGUGACCGCGACAUGGUAACAGCCGGACCGGGUGGUCCACCACCAAACAGAGAACUGCGAGCCAUUACGGUGAGAGCCAGAGGAAUGCCGGUGUUGAACAUGCCCAGAACCGGAGUACGUCCUGAAAUGCCCAUGGAUGUUGAUGAUGUGGAUGGGGACGAGCUAAUGGAAGAGUAA